AUGUCCUUGAAGCUGGAAAUCGAGACAUGGGUGGCGGCCCUGGCUCGUUAUGACAACAAUGAGUUCGAUGACGCUCUCGGCGAGUUCGACAAGAUUGCCGACACAAGCAAGAUUCUGUUUAAUAUGGGUGUUAUCCACGCUACAUUAGGCGAACACGAGAAAGCUGUUGAAUGUUAUCAGCGUGCUAUUCGCCUUGACCAAUAUCUCGCCGUCGCAUACUUUCAGCAAGGUGUGUCCAAUUUCUUACUUGGCGACUUUGAAGAAGCUCUCGCAAAUUUCAACGAUACGCUAUUGUACCUGCGGGGCAAUACAAUGAUCGACUAUGCUCAGCUCGGUCUCCUAUUUAAGCUUUAUUCCUGCGAGGUACUCUUCAAUAGGGGCUUAUGCUACAUUUAUUUGCAACAAAAGGAAGCUGGAAUGCAGGAUUUAUCUUACGCGGUAAAGGAGAAGGUUGUAGAGGACCACAAUGUUAUAGAUGAGGCAAUUCGCGAAGAGGCUGAAGGAUAUACCGUUUUCUCUAUCCCAGUUGGCGUAGUCUACCGACCAAAUGAAGCCAAAGUUCGAAACUUGAAAACGAAGGACUAUCUAGGCAAAGCAAGACUAGUAGCUGCGUCGGAUCGAUCGAAUGCCUUCACUGGAUUUACAGGGUCAGAAAUCAAGAAUGUAAGUCCCGAGAAACCUUUCGUGUCUCCUAUACAAGAGCCUGACAUGGCCAAGGCUGGUCAGAACGAAGUCAAAGAUGACCGGCCGGCGGACAAUAUUUCCUUUGCCGCAACGAACUUGGUUAAGCCCGGUAUUCAGUCGCGGCGGCAGCAAUCAGAACCUCCAACGAGCCGGAAUGUGUUUCCACCCACCCCUCCCCCUGAAAAUGACCGACCCAAUCGAGGAAGUGUUCGAAACGGCUCAAGACCGACGCCUGCCAAAUUGACGAUUCAGACGCAAGAAAUAGGCCGGAAAUACGAGAAAGCCCCUUCCCCCGAGGAAAUUCGCGCAACUCGGUCUGCGUCAUCAUCAGGGUCUCGGGGCUUCUCUAGAAGAGACCCCCCACCAAUGCAACGACGUCCAACCAGACCAAUUGAAGAGGAGGACGAAGCUGACCCUGCUGAUCUGUAUGACAUGUACCAAGGUGGGGGAGGUGGAUCAAGUAUGUCGAGAGACAGCCGUCCUUCAACGCGCUCAAGACAGCAGCCUCGAUAUCUUGAAGACGACGACGGAUCAGAUUACGAUGGUUCUCUUGGCGGGGCUGAGUUUGAAAUGGUGUCGAAUGAUCGCAGACGCCAAGGUUCGAGAUCAGAUUCUCGCGCUCCUUCCCGUCGACCUGAGAUUCGCAAGAUUCGUGUCAAGGUGCAUGCCGAUGAUGUCAGAUACAUUAUGAUUGGCACGGCGAUUGAAUUCCAAGACUUCGUGGACAGAAUAAAAGACAAAUUCGGAUUGAGACGACGCUUCAAGAUCAAGAUCAGGGAUGAGGAUAUACCUGAUGGAGACAUGAUAACUGUUGGAGACGAGGACGAUUUAGAAUUGGCGAUCCAAAGUGCAACCAACCUAGCCAAGAGGCAGAGACAAGAAGUUGCUAAGAUGGAGAUUUGGAUUUUCGAUCUUUAG